AUGGAGCAAACAAGACCGCACGAGAAGCCCAUACACGGCCUGCUGACUCCUUUCGUGGAAGCCCUGCUGAGAGCGCAACAGACCAAGCUCUGCUCCCCAGAGGCCAUCUCAGCCUGCUUCCCGCCCUCGCGGAGCCCCUCACCUCUCAGGGCUCUGCCUCCCCCGGGUGCUCGCAGGGGACGGCUCAGAGACCCCGGCGCAGAGAGACCGGGAAACGAGGCGCGAGACGCCGAGCCCUCCCCUCGCCCUUCGGAGUGUCCUCACAGGCCGCCGGCGACUAUUGGCUUGAGGCGCCGUCAGUUGGGGAGACGACCUGGACACGAAGCCUUCUGGGAGGCCGGACGCCCCCGCAGCCGUGACGUCACAACCGGUGCCUCGUUUCCAGUGCGGAAGCCUGGUCUCCCCGCUCGGAGCGGGUGGGCUGUGCUUGAGAAGGCGACGCUCGAGGACGACAAGCAGAGCUCUCAGCACAAGAGGGAGGACGGGCUGGCGGCAGCCGCUGUUUCCGUGGCUCUAUCUGGAAGACAGAAAGCAGAAGGAAGUGGGCUGCCUCUCGGACCGGAAGAUCUGAGAGAGGCUGCGGCUGUCUCCGCCGCCGCAUCGUGGGUCUGUCGAAGGACCGCUGAGGCGAUUUGGAGGCUUUUACAGCUGGGAGGGCUCAAGGUCAGCCACAUGGUCCUCCAGCGCCCCAGCUAUCACCUUCGCAUUCUGCCCUGCAGAGCUACAGAGCGGCCAGCGCCCGGCGUGGAGGAGGAGUGGUGGUCGCCUCUGGUAUCCUGGGCACUACGCCGAGAAGUGCAGUCGAUGCGGCCACCAGCUGCCUGGGGUUGACAGGGCGCGGGUGCCCACAACCCUUCACCCUUUAAGAGCCGCUAGACCUCGUUCAGUCGUGUUUCCGGCAAGUAUCGAGUGCCUGCUGUGCACCUGUUGCUGUGCACCUGUUGUGCGGGGGCGAAGACAGGCAGGUCAGGCGGCACCCCUGCCCCAGAGCGCGUGUCUCCUGGCUUGCGGGGGUGCAGGGGUGAGGUGGUCUCCUCUUGCGGCGAGAGCAGUGAAAGGAAUCCGUUCGGCCCAACGCCAGCACUGUCGUCUUGUCGGUUUUCAACCACCAGGAACCCUAGGGUACUGAUUCUUAAAUUUCUCUCUAUCGCGAUUGAUUUUUGAAAAAUCCAGGGAAAUGUUGUGGGCAGUGGAGAUAAUGGUUUUGUUCAGAAAAAGAGCAUAUGGACCCGCAGUUUCGUGUGUCAUUUCAGGGGAUUUAUGACUUCUGAAGUCCGCCUGGUGGAACGGGGCACGGAGUUCUAGGCCUGGACCCUCCCGUCAGUUAAAGCCGCCGAACCACAGCAUUCUACACAAAGGUAACAGUGAAUGGAUCUGGAGUUCCCAGGUUUUUUGUGCUUUGAAGAAGCUUCUCUCUCUUAACCUACAGUGCAAUAUUGGAUUCUGGAGUAGAAUGGAGUGACUCAUCACUUACACACAACACCCAGGGCUCAUCACAAGUGCCCUCUUUAAUGUCCCAUUACCCAUUUGUCCCUCCCCCACCUCCCUCCAUCAACCCUCAAGUUUAUUCUCUAUCGUUAGGAAUCACUUAUGGCUUGUUUCCCUCUCCCCUUCUUUCCCUUUCCCAUAUGCUCAUCUGUUUUCCUACUUGAAUUGCACAUAUGGGUGAGAUCAUAUGGUAUUUGUCUUUCUCUGACUUACUUCAUUUAGCACUGUAGCUCCAUCUGUCAUUGCAAAUGGCAAGAUUCCAUUAUUUUUGAUGGCUGAGUAAUAUUCCUGUGUGUGGGCACGCGCGCACACGCACAUGCGCCUAUGUUUGUAUCACAUCUUUAUCCGUUCAUCAGUCGAUGCACACUUGGGCUCACUCCAUAGUUCAGUUAUUGCUGAUAAUGCUGCUGUAAACAUCAGGGGGCAGGUGCCUCUUCGAAUUUGUGUUUUGGUACCUUUGGGUCAAAUACUUACUAGUGCAGUUGCUGGACUAGGGUGGUUCCAUUUUCAACUUUCUGAGGAGUCUCCAAACUCUUCUCCAGAGUGGCUGCACCUGUUUCCAUUCCCACCAACAGUGCAGGAAGAGUUGCCCUUUGUCCACACCUUGUUUCUUGUGUUGUUGAUUUGAGCCAUUCUCACAUGUGUGAGGUGCAUCUCAUUGUGGUUUUAAUUUGUAUUUCCCCGAUGCUGAGUGAUGUUGAGCAUCUUUUCAUGUAUCUGUAAGCCAUCUGAUGUCUUUUUCGGAAAAGUGUCCAUAUUUUUCUGCCCAUUUCUUAACUAGGUUAUUUGUUUUCUGGGGGUUGAGCUUGGUAAGUCUUUAUAGAUUUUGGAUACUAACCCUUUAUCAGAUAUGUCAUUUGCAGAUAUCUUUUCCAAUUCUGUAGGCAGCUUUUUAGUUUUGCUGAUUGUUUCCUUUACUGCACGGGAGAUUUUUAUCUUGAUGAGGUUGUCCCAAUAGUUCGUUUUUGAGUAUGUUCCCUCGCCUCUGGCGACAUGUCUAACAAGAAGUUGCUGCAGUUGAAGAGGUUUCUCCCUGUGUUCUCCUCUAGGAUUUUGUUUUUAAGUAUUUUAUUUGUGUGUGAGAAGGAAAGCACACAAGCAGGGGGAGCGGCAGCCAGAAGGAGAAGCAGGCUCCCCACUGAGCAAAGAGCUUGAUGCAGAACUUGAACCCAGGAUGGUGGGAUCAUGACCUGAGCCGAAGGCAGAUGCUUAAUGGGCUGAGCCAACCAGGCAUCCCUCCUCUAGGAUUUUCAUGGUUUCAUGUCUCACAUUUAGGUCUUUCAUCCAUUUUGAAUUUUUGUGUAUGCUACAAGACAUCCAUUCUCAUUCUUCUGCCUGUUGCUGUCCAGUUUUCCCAACACAAUUUGUGGAAGAGACUGUUUUUUCCAUUGGACAUUCUUUUCUGCUUUGUCAAAGAUUAGUUGACCAAAUAGCUGUGGGUACAUUUCUGGGUCUCUCCUGAUCUUAAAACCCGAGAGAAUAAAUGAAAAUUGAAAAUGUCUCCCUGUUCAAAGGGGAAACAAAGUGAGGGGGAGGAAAAGCUGUAUUAAACCAGUAACAGGAUGCUAGAAACCCCUAAGUAAAUCUCAAAGCUUUGACUUUUUGUUUCUUUCUUAUAUCCAGUGAACAUUCACCUUAUCUUGAAGCCAAACCCUUGUUUCAUUUGGAAAUUCCGUCCUUUUCCCCACGGCUCUUCUCUGUGCUCCGCUGGGAAGCUCAGGUCACACUUUGGUACCGGAUAUCCUGGCCACAAGAAAGACAGGAAACAUAAAGAGUUUGGGUCACCACUGACUAUUCCUGGAUUCAAGUUGAUUUCCGGGGCAGAUGGCCUCUUUAUAUCUAUUUCCUCACUUAGGAUGAUUUCACCUAGUUCCUGUCAGGCAGUAUCUCAGUGUUAAAAUAAAACCAAAAUGAGGGGAAGCCUUUUGUGCUCAUUCAAGGCUACUGUCCUCCAUCUAUUCUGUGGACGAGGAGUGAAUUAAUUCUAUGUUAAAAACCAAUGCACUGGGGCACCUGGGUGGCUCAGCGGGUUAAAGCCUCUGCCUUCGGCCCAGGUCAUGAUCCCAGGACCCUGGGAUCGAGCCUCGCAUCGGGCUCUCUGCUCAGUGCAGAGCCUGCUUCUCUCUCUCUCUCUCUGCCUGCCUCUCUGCUACUUGUGUUCUCUGUCAAAUAAAUAAAUAAAAUCUUAAAAAAAAAAAAAACCAAUGCACUAAAUUAGUUUUUAUAUUAUCUUUUGAAUAUUUUAUUAAGGGAAUUUUCUAAGUCAGGACUAAAAUGCCAAAAGAAGAGAGAGUGUGUGAGAGGUGUAAAAGUGGUAUUUUGGGAACUGUGAAACCGGAUUAUUUUCAGUUAAGAGAUUUUCAAAUAAAAAUGGAUAUGUGAACUUGG